AUGACCACCUUCAAGUUCAAUUUUAGUGGUCCAGAACCUGAUCAUAUAGAGGUUCAAACUAAAGGCAAUGAUAAAAAAACUGAAUGGCUUAAAUCUGAGAAUGUUGAAAUUACUGAUCAAAUUGAAAAUUUAGAUAUCAUUGCGAAACAAGCUAAGAUGUUUACAUGUGGUGAUGUCGAAAUCGGACAUGUUUUAACUAAUGCUUUAUCAAUUCAAUUUAACGAUGUUGAAGAAAAUGCAAUUGAACUAGCAGAAAAGGAACACAGUGAUCUUGUAACAGGAAAAUAUGAAGGAGGAUUAAAAAUAUGGGAAUGUACUUAUGACCUCGUUGAUUUUGUAGAAAAAAAUAAAAUUGAUUUAGAAGAUAAGCAUGUGUUGGAUUUAGGAUGUGGUACUGGUAUAUUAGGUAUCUAUGCAUGGCUCAAAAAAGCUAAAGUUACCUUUCAAGAUUAUAACAAAGAAAUACUUGAACAUGUAACAAUCCCUAAUGUUUUAUUAAAUAUGGAAGAAGAGGACAAUAUGAAGGAAAUACAGAGAUGCACAUUUUAUUCUGGUGACUGGAAAUUAUUUAAUGAUAUGUUAUCUUCAGAGAAAAAAUAUGAUGUAAUUCUUACUUCUGAAACCAUUUAUAACUUGAACAACUAUGAUAAGCUUAUCAAAUUAUUUGAAGACAGAUUAAAUGACGAUGGAAUUGUAUAUGUAGCUGCAAAAACUUAUUAUUUUGGAGUUGGUGGAGGUAUGAGACAAUUUGAAAAAGCUAUUAGUGGCACAGGUAAAUUUAAAACAGAAAUUGUGUGGAAAACAUCAAGUGGAAUACAAAGAGAGAUUUUAACAAUAAAGAAGUCAUUUUGA